CUCGCUGAGAGCGCCAAUAUAAAAGCGAAGCGGCGAGCUUAAAUCGGCAUAGUAUUUAUUCACAUCGCUUGCUCGCUUCGCCAGACUUAUUUUCCACAACAAACCAACCAAAAUGAGUUCCGCUGAGUACUACCCAUUCAAGUGCACACCCACCGUCUACCCGGCGGAUCCCUUCGAUCCCGUCGAGGAUGCGGCCAUUCUGCGCAAGGCCAUGAAGGGCUUCGGCACUGACGAGAAGGCCAUCAUCGAGAUCCUGGCCAGACGCGGCAUCGUGCAGCGCCUGGAAAUCGCCGAGGCCUUUAAGACCUCCUACGGCAAGGACCUGAUCUCGGACCUGAAGUCUGAGCUGGGUGGCAAGUUUGAGGAUGUGAUCCUGGCGCUGAUGACGCCGCUGCCUCAGUUCUAUGCCCAGGAGCUGCACGACGCCAUCUCUGGACUGGGAACCGAUGAGGAGGCCAUCAUCGAGAUCCUCUGCACCCUGUCCAACUACGGCAUCAAGACCAUUGCCCAGUUCUACGAGCAGAGCUUCGGCAAGUCCCUGGAAUCCGACCUGAAGGGCGACACCAGUGGCCACUUCAAGCGCCUGUGCGUGUCUCUGGUGCAGGGCAACCGGGAUGAGAACCAGGGCGUGGAUGAGGCAGCGGCCAUUGCCGACGCCCAGGCCCUGCACGACGCCGGCGAGGGACAGUGGGGCACCGACGAGUCCACCUUCAACUCGAUCCUGAUCACCCGCUCCUACCAGCAGCUGCGCCAGAUCUUCCUCGAGUAUGAGAACCUGUCGGGCAACGACAUCGAGAAGGCCAUCAAGCGGGAGUUCAGCGGCUCGGUGGAGAAGGGCUUCCUUGCCAUCGUCAAGUGCUGCAAGUCUAAGAUCGAUUACUUCUCGGAGCGCCUGCACGACUCGAUGGCCGGCAUGGGCACCAAGGACAAGACUCUGAUCCGCAUCAUCGUCAGCCGCUCGGAGAUCGAUCUGGGUGACAUCAAGGAGGCAUUCCAGAACAAGUACGGCAAGAGCUUGGAGUCCUGGAUCAAGGGCGAUACAUCCGGCGAUUAUAAGCGUGCCCUAUUGGCUAUUGUUGGAUUCUAAAAGAAUACAUAAAGAGUAUCCAAAAAAACAAAAACAAAAAGCUCCAACAAUAACUUUAACUUGUCAAAUUCGUCUGUUCCACGCCCUAAACUACAUAUUCUUAGACAAAAAGAAUGUACAAAUGCAAUUCAGAUACCGAUUAGUUGACGAAUGUAUAGAUUUUAUAUACUGGAACAGUUUUUAACGCAAGACGAGGCCACGCAGUGCAUUUAAAGCCGUUGAAUCAGAACCCCAGUCUCGCAACCUGUUGAUUAUGAUUACAUUACUACGAUACAUUACCCUAUGCACGCCACAUGCACAUUAUUGUAUCUCUAUAUAGCUGAAUAGCUUAUGGGUUUCUCUGUUUUUGUUUCUCUCGAGUCUCAUUUGCAAUAUAUACAUAUAUAUAUAUAUUUUAAACUUAAAAAAACGCAACAAAAUAAACAAAAAUAUGACAAAACGAAAAUUUCAAAUUGAGUUUCAGUUACAGUUCCUUAGCAGAAGCUGCUGCACUGCUUGUUGCCAUGUUACUAACUUAGUUGAGUUAGUCGCCUAACAUCACAUAUUAACCAAAGGGGCGGCGGUGGCUUAAUAAUUUAUAAGAGUUCGUGUGAAAAUAUUACUUGAUUUUUAAAAUAUAUUCAAUGUGAAUUUGGUCCUUGAUGUUAAAUUUAAACGAUUAAGUUUAUCAGUUCUUUAAAGAGUAAAACAAGUGUUUUGGCCUUAGCACUGCUUGCUUUGAGUAACUCUUCGAAAUGUAAAAUUUGUAACAUUUUUACAUUCAAUAAUUAAGUAUAUUUUUAUUAUUUAUGCUUUAACAAGUAAAAUGUUAUGGUAUGUCUAGCUUUUCAUAGAUCAAUUUUACACGAAUAUCUAUUUACCAUCCCCUCCUACUUGGAGUCCAUGCUAACUUUCGUGGUGAUAAUCCAGAUCUAAGCCAUGUAUACAAAGUAAAAAAGCGUUUAAUGCCUUACACUUCUGCUCUUUUCACGCUUAAUCUUUAUCAGGAGGAUGCCGAGACCGAUAUUGGAUAUGUGCUCGUCACUCUCACGGCUUGGUAGAGCCUGAUGCAGCCAGAA